AUGGUGGCGAGCACGGACGACAACAUGGGGAGUGACACGAGCUCGGAUUUGUUCGAGAUGGAGAGUUUCUCGACACAAACGACGUUGUACCCGACGUACAAGCGGAGGGAUUCGUUGGACGAUGCGCAGAUAUUCGGGGCGCGGAGGUUAGCCGUCGGCAAUAGAAGGAUCGUGGACGAGGAGCCUCCAGCGACUCCGAGCGUGGCGGGGACGGAGUGCUAUGCGCCGAGCGAGGUGAGCGUGGAUUGGAACGUGACGAUGGCGCACGGGUUCGACAGGGCAGCGUGUCCAACUUAUCGGUGUCGGCGUCGGAGACGGGAAGAGGGGGGGUUCCACCGGCGUAGGGUGGCAGGGCAGGAGGAGGGGGACGGCGGCGUGGGGAAGAGAAAAGGUGGAGGAGGUGGGCUGCUGAUGAUGAGCUGCCGACAGGGAAAGGCGGUGAGUGUGGGGCCGCAGCUGGUGAGGUUCAUGUCGGCUAGAGCGGAAGGAGGUGCGGUGGCGGUGGCGGUGGCGGUUGGGGGUAGGCCGCCGAGGGGAAGCAAGACGGCGACAACGGCGGCAAUGGGCGGGGAUCACGCGGGGCGGACGUUGGUGAUAAUUUGA